AUGGGCUGCGGCUGUGCAGCUGCGGCUUCCUUCGUGAGCAAGAGCGAUAAGAGCAGCCAAAGCGAGGUGUCUGUGACCGCUGCUUCGGCGAUCACAUCGCGGCAGCAGCAGCGACAGCCUCAACGCCACGUGGUUGCUGCGCGUGUGGACGAGAAAGGCUUUGCCGAUGCACAGACCCAGGACAGUGACACGCUGGUGGUGGAUCCCAACUCCCGGCUUGUGCACCCACGCACCGUGACUGUGAACGAGAAGCACACGCUUGUGGCUGCUGGCACGCGCAUGGUCACCUUCCUUCGGUACUACGUCUAUUCUGCAGCCAUCUACCUGCCCACAGAUCACGCCGCGCGCAUCCGCUCCAUGGCUCGCGUUGCCGCCGCUGCGCAGCUGCCCCACGACCAGACCGAGGAGCGUGCCGCCGUUGUCGCGUCGAUCCAGGACAUUCACAUGCCCAAGGUCAUCCGUGUCGCCCCUUACAGAAAAGCAGCGUUCUCGCAUUUGCGCGAUGGGUUCGGGCGGGCGCUGGACGCGCGUGCGAGGGCCAUUGUCAAGGACGCACCCGAGAAGCAGGCGCAGCUGCAAGAAGAGAUCAGCACCUUCAAGCAACUCUUCCCACGCGGCGACCUGCAACUCGGCGAAGAGCUGCUCAUGGUCUUCAGAGGCGACCGCGUCACUCUCCAGCACCAGGGCCGUGACCUCGGCAGCAUGCAUUCCACGUUUGUCGGCUCUGCCUUGAUUGAGGCAUAUCUUGGAAAGGAUUCUGUCAACCCAGCGCUUCGUGGCGACUUCUGGAACCGCUCCCAGCAGUAG